AGAUAAAUGGAAAUCAAUAUAUGAAGAGAUACUGUUGGCAAAUAGUCUGGAAAGAUGCGCCUAGUUUCAUGGAAUUGCAAUGGAAUAAGAAAUUUAUUUGAUUUUGAUCCAGAAUAUCAAGAAAAAUCUAUUAAAUUUAUAUUGGAAAAACUUGGAGCAGAUAUUAUGUGUUUUCAGGAAACAAAGAUACAGAGGAAAGAUUUGACGCAUGAAAUGAUCAAUGUUUCUGGAUACUUGUCGUUUUAUACAUUUUCAAGAAAAAGAAAAGGAUAUAGUGGGGUAGCAAUUUAUGUUAAAGAAUCGGUUUGUAUUCCGCUUAAAGCAGAGGAGGGGAUUACUGGAUAUCUUAUUCAUUCAAAAAAAGGUAUUCCAUAUAUUGAAUGUCCUAAAUCGAUUUCAAUUGGUGGCUAUACGGAAAUGUCUAAUCAGCAUGCACUAGAGCUUGAUCAAGAAGGUAGAUGCAUUAUUUUAGAUAUGGAUUUUUUUGUAUUGUUUGGGAUAUAUUGUCCAUUCAAUUCAAAUUCAGAAAGAAGCAAGUUUAGGCAAUCAUGGAUUGAAACAUUAGAUCGUCGUAUUCGAAACUUAAGAAAAAUGAAGCGAAAUAUUAUUAUCGUGGGUGAUAUCAAUGUGGUGAGGGACAAAAUUGAUAGUUCGUAUGAUAUAGAUGAAUUGAAAGAAGAAGGAAUGGAAGAUUUUGAUGAUUCAUGUCAAAGAACAUGGCUUAAUAAGCUUUUAUUGCCACAUCCCGAAGGAUUCAUGAUUGAUCUUUGCAGACAUUUUCAUCCAGAUAGGAAAGAAAUGUUUACAUGCUGGAAUUCGAAAAUCAAUGCUAGGACCUGCAAUUUUGGAACACGUAUUGACUAUAUUCUCAUUACUGAAGAAUUAUUACCAUGGUUUGAAUAUGCUGACAUACAAGCAAAUGUUAUGGGUUCGGAUCAUUGUCCAAUUUUUGCAGAAAUUAGAUCACAAAUAUAUAAUUGGAGAGGAAGUGGGAAAACAGAUAAUAUAUUAGAUCUUCUGAACAAAGGAAUUUUUGUAGAUGGAAUAUUAGUAUCUGAAUUACCUAAACCUCCUCACCUAGAAACACGUAAUUUCCUUGAGUUUUCAUUUCAAGAUAUUAAAUUAAUGUUUAAAAAACAAGAAUCAGGUUUCUUAGAAAAAAAAAAUAAUAACCCAUAUAGUUCAAAGAAUUUUCUUGGAAGAUCAGCAACUGAACCAUUGUUACACCUUUCAAAAAAAAAACGACUAGAAGGUCUUUCAAAUCAAAGUGAUCUUUCUUCAUAUUUUCAAAAUACCUCUGGUCAAUUAAAAAAUCUUGACAGAAAACUAGAAAAAAGUACUAUAUUAGAAAAAGAGUUUAAUUCACUAGAUUCAGAAAAUACAAAUACAAAAACUAUAUCACAAAUAUCUAAUACGUUGAAAAAUGAUACCAAAGGGAAUUCAGAGGCUCUAGAAUUGCAAAAAAAAACAUGGAAUAAUAUAUUUGCAAAACCAUCACCCCCUCUAUGUAAUGUUCAUCAAAAGCCAUGUAUCGAAUUACGAUGCAAAAAGCCAGGUGUCAAUUUUGGUCGAUAUUUUUGGGUCUGUUCUAAUCCUAUUAGUAAAGACUAUAAACAUCAAAAUACGUCUGAUUCUGAUAUAGAAAAUAAAUUUAAGUGUGGAUAUUUUAGAUGGAGCAGUAAUCAUAAUCAAAAAUCUUAAAUACAACUAAUAAAAAAUAAUCUAGAAAUUAAUUGAUAUUUAG